UGUGGAGCGCUGGCAUCGCUCUUCUUUGACAACCGCAAAACUUGCUCAAUUUGCCGAGUCUCGUGAGCGCGUGUUGUGAACGAUUUUCCGUGAAAAUUGUGCAUUUUCCAACAUUUUGAGCAUCCCAGUGACUGUUUUCCAGUGAUCCAUGGCGCCUAAGAAUGAUGCCCCCAAGGUCAAGCCUCAGGCGAGCGCCUACAAGGACAAAAGCAAACCGGCUGACAUUCGUUCCAGCAACAUAAAUGCUGCUAAAGCUGUUUCCGACGCCAUCCGGACGAGUUUGGGGCCCCGCGGCAUGGACAAGAUGAUCCAGGCGGGCAAUGGCGAAGUGACGAUCACCAAUGACGGCGCCACAAUCCUCAAGCAGAUGAACGUGAUUCAUCCGGCGGCGAAGAUGCUGGUGGAAUUGUCCAGAGCGCAGGACAUCGAGGCCGGCGAUGGCACAACGUCCGUGGUGGUGGUGGCCGGAGCGCUCCUGGAGGCGUCUGAGAAGCUCCUGCAGAUGGGCAUUCAUCCCACGGCCAUUUCGGACGCUUUCCAGCGCUGCGCCGCGAAGGCCGUGGAGAUUCUCUCAGACAUGUCAAUUCCAGUGGAGAUUGGCGACCACGAGAGUCUCGUGAAGAGCGCCUCCACGUCGCUGAACUCCAAGGUGGUGUCGCAGUACAGCGGCCUGCUGGCGCCGCUCGCCGUGGACGCCGUGCUGAAGGUGGCGGAUCAGACCAGGAACGACGUGGUGGAUCUCAAGGACAUCAAGUGCAUCCGCAGCCUCGGCGGCACCAUCGAGGACACCGAGCUAGUGGACGGGCUGGUGUUCACGCAGCGCGCCGCCGGCACGAAUGGACCGAAGCGCGUGGAGAAGGCCAAGAUCGGCCUGAUCCAGUUCUGCAUCUCGCCGCCGAAGACGGACAUGGACCAUCACGUGGUGGUGUCGGACUACGCCGCCAUGGACAGGGUGCUGAAGCAGGAGCGCGAGUACAUCCUCAACAUCGUGAAGCAGAUCAAGAAGAGCGGCUGCAACGUGCUGCUGGUGCAGAAGUCCAUCCUGCGCGACGCCAUCUCGGAUCUGGCGCAGCACUUCCUCGACAAGAUCAAGGUGAUGGUGGUGAAGGACAUCGAGCGCGAGGACAUUGAGUUCGUGUGCAAGACGCUGAGUUGCCGGCCGAUUGCGUCGCUGGAUCACUUCGUGGCGGAGAAUCUCGUAACCGCGGAUCUGGCCGAGGAGGUGCCGAGUGGCAGCAACAAGUUCGUGCGCAUCACGGGCAUCCAGAACCAGGGCAGGACGGUGUCCGUGGUGCUGCGGGGCUCCAACAAGCUGGUGCUGGAGGAAGUGGAUCGCUCGCUGCACGAUGCGCUCUGCGUCGUGCGCUGUCUGGUGCGGAAGCGCCAGCUGAUCGCCGGCGGCGGAGCGCCGGAGAUCGAGAUGGCACUGCAGUUGGCCAAUCACGCUCAGACGCUCGUGGGCGUGGACGCUUACUGCUUCAGGGCGUUUGCGGAUGCGCUGGAAGUCAUCCCAUCGACGCUGGCCGAGAAUGCUGGCCUCAAUCCGAUCUCCACGGUGACGGAGCUGCGGAAUCGCCACGCGCAGGGCGAGAAGAAUGCCGGGAUCAACGUGCGAAAGGGCGCCAUCACGGACAUCCUGGCGGAGAAUGUCGUUCAGCCGCUGCUCGUGUCCACGUCGCUGGUCACAUUCGCGUCGGAAACUGUGCGUUCCAUCCUGAAAAUCGACGACAUCGUCAACACCAUCAACUGAAGCACCGCGGCGCCUCAUUUCACUCUAAUUAAGUAUUCCUUUCAACUCACCAGCUUCACCUUUGUAACCCUCUUCGGCGUCUGGAGCUUCCCAGGCGCGCUAUGAA